ACUGAAAACAACAAAUCAUCUUUAACCCCACAAAUCCGAGUUUCGUCGGUCAUCUAUCCUGUUUGUUGAGUUUCGCGAGAAGGAAAUCACACUUAGUACGAUUUAUACGAAUAAUUUAGUCUCUUUCGUCAACAAAACGUUACUGGCAACAAGAUGUCUCGUGGAAGUAGCGCCGGUUUCGAUCGUCACAUUACAAUCUUUUCGCCGGAAGGUCGCCUGUACCAAGUUGAAUAUGCCUUCAAGGCAAUCAACCAGGAAGGCCUUACGUCGAUUGCGCUCAAAGGAAAGGACUGUGCAGUGGUAGCGACCCAGAAGAAGAUCCCAGACAAGCUAAUCGACCCGGCUACUGUGACGCACCUGUAUCGCAUUACCCGUGAAAUCGGUUGUGUUAUGACCGGUCGCAUUGCGGACAGCCGGUCGCAGGUACAACGGGCCCGAUAUGAAGCGGCCAACUGGCGGUACAAGUACGGUUAUGAAAUUCCGGUUGAUGUGCUCUGCCGCCGAAUGGCAGACAUUUCGCAGGUGUACACGCAGAAUGCCGAGAUGCGGCCGCUCGGUUGUAGCAUUGUAAUGAUCGCGUAUGACGCGGAAAAUGGUCCAGCCGUGUAUAAAACGGAUCCCGCUGGAUACUACUGCGGCUAUCACGCCAUUUCGGUAGGUGUUAAGCAAACGGAAGCGAACAGUUAUCUGGAGAAGAAACUCAAGCGCAAGGCCGAUUUUGGCGAGGAGGAAACGAUCCAGCUAGCCAUCACCUGCCUGUCCACAGUGCUGGCAGUUGAUUUCAAGCCAACGGAAAUCGAGAUUGGCAUCGUGAGCAAGGAUAAGCCGGAAUUCCGCACACUAACCGAGGACGAAAUCGAGGUACAUUUGACGGCAAUUGCUGAGAAGGACUAAAGGCUGCCGCAUCGUUUCCUUGGGGGAAAUCUUUUUUUUUUAUGUACGAUGGUUGCUGGUUCUUACAGUUGUAUUUCUUUUCCAUUACAUUCAAAAUAAACGUGGAUUGUACGAAAUUA